AUGGCCCCAAAGAACAAGAACACUGACAACGUCAACGCCAAGUUGGGCUUGGUUAUGAAGUCCGGUAAGUACACCUUGGGCUACAAGUCCACCGUUAAGGCUCUCAGAGCUGGUAAGGCCAAGUUGAUCAUCAUCGCUGGUAACACCCCAGUCUUGAGAAAGUCUGAGUUGGAGUACUACGCUAUGUUGUCUAAGACCCAGGUCUACUACUUCGCCGGUGGCAACAACGAGUUGGGUACCGUCUGCGGUAAGUUGUUCAGAGUCGGUACCAUGGCCAUCUUGGACGUCGGUGACUCUGACAUUUUGUCUGCUAUCUAA